AUGGAUCCGAAUAACAAUCGCCUGCACUUGAACUUUGGCUUCAACAAUAACAACAACAACAACGACAGAAACUACAAUGCGGCGAACAACCGUGUCUACCCCACAACACCCUCCGCAUUCCCGCAACCAAUAUACCAGGGCCAGGAUUUCAUGGAUCCUCACGGUGCGCAGAACACUGGCUAUGGCCAGGGAUAUUUUGUGAAUGGGCCUUACUCGCAGCAAGCUCAUUAUCCUAUGCAACAGCAGCAGUAUGCCCAACAUAACCUCCCAUCUCCUCAGGCCGCCUACGGAGCUCGUGUGCCCUACAACAACGAUGGCACGAACGGCCUGAUCCAACAGUUUUCCAAUCAAGACUUGAGUGCAUCCCCCCGGUCAGGAUUGUCUCCACGAGCUGCCUCUCCCGCUCAGCGACCUCGGACUGCUGGCUCGACCGGGCCGCAACACGGAGGGCACCUGGCUCCUUCAAUGGCUAAUCGCAACUCGAAGCCGGCAGGGGAAGAAGAGGAGCUUCAAAGAUACCCCGAGCGGUACUCGGAAAACGUCCAUAAGCGUGGUAAAGCUGCUAAAGAAUUGAUCAAUGUUUUCUUCCAAGAGAACAUUGAGCGUGCCCGUGAGCGAAACAUGCGAUCCGUCAACCUGGACAAGUUGGUGCAGAGCAAUAGCAUGCCGGAAGCGAAGAGACGAGCAGAGGCAGAGGCUCUGGCGAAGAAAGAGUCGAAUUUCCUGCGUUUCCUUCGAACCAGGGAAAGCCCAUCAAACUUCCAGACCAUCAAAAUCAUCGGAAAGGGUGCAUUUGGUGAAGUCAAACUCGUGCAGCGGAAGAGCGACGGCAAGAUUUAUGCUCUCAAGUCAUUGAUCAAGACAGAGAUGUUCAAGAAAGACCAAUUGGCCCACGUUCGUGCAGAACGUGACAUUCUUGCAGACUCCAAGGACAAUCCUUGGCUAGUGAAGCUUCAUGCUUCGUUCCAAGACAGUGCCUACCUCUAUUUGCUGAUGGAGUUUUUGCCUGGUGGUGACCUUAUGACAAUGCUCAUCAAAUAUGAGAUUUUCUCAGAGGACAUUACACGUUUUUAUAUGGCUGAAAUUGUUAUGGCCAUUGAGGCCGUGCACAAAUUGGGCUUCCUUCAUCGUGAUAUAAAACCGGACAACAUCUUGCUGGAUCGAGGCGGUCAUAUCAAACUCACAGAUUUUGGAUUGUCCACGGGAGGCAAAAAGACACAUGAUAAUGCAUACUAUCAAAACUUGCUGAAAAAUUCGACAUCCAAAGACAAGAACAGGAACUCAGGUUUCUUCUCGGACGCCAUCAACCUUACGGUGUCUAACCGUGGGCAGAUCAACACUUGGAGGAAGUCUCGUCGUGCCAUGGCCUAUUCAACCGUCGGAACUCCAGACUAUAUUGCCCCGGAGAUCUUUAAUGGUCAAGGUUACACCUACUUGUGCGAUUGGUGGUCUGUUGGAGCAAUCAUGUUUGAAUGUUUGGUUGGUUGGCCCCCUUUCUGUGCUGAGGAUACCACAGAUACAUAUCGUAAGAUUGUGAACUGGAGAGAAUGUCUAUAUUUCCCAGACGAGCUUGUUUUGUCACGAGAAUCGGAGGGUUUGAUCCGAAGUUUCCUAUGCGAUGCCGAGCAUCGUAUUGGUAACGAAGGUGGCCAACACGGUGGUGCUACGCAAAUCAAGAACCAUCCCUUCUUCCGUGGCGUGGUCUGGGACCAACUACGCAACAUUCGUGCACCCUUCGAGCCUAGACUCAGCUCCAACGUUGAUGUUUCCUACUUCCCCAUUGAUGAGAUUCCUCAGGAAGACACGAGCGCGGCGCAUAGGGCACAGGUCCGCGCAAUGCCAGAAGAACAGGAGGCCGAAAUGAGUCUUCCGUUCAUUGGCUAUACCUAUAAAGCAUUCAAUGCCUUCCAGGGCAAUUGAAAAUUCGACACAUCUAUAACAUAGAGUUUUCUUGUUACAAAUGGCAUAUUUUAUACGUGCAUUGAUGAUCCUUGGUCGAGACUGCAUAUGAAAAAUAUAAUGGCUUGAAUAAUGUACUUCGGCCAUUUGUUAGAUCUACUUACGAUACAAUCUCCUCGAAGUUCGCGUGAGCUAUAAACUCGCUUUCGAAGACAAUCUCAAU